CAGAACACUGCAUUAUAAAAAACAUACACACACACCAUCUUCCCCACGCGUCAAACCAAAUAACAAACAAAAAAUUGAAAUCGCAAGAACACAAGCAGCGCGGCAAAGCGCGCUCAACCCUUGCAGUAUACACUAUGCUUCCUCAUUUUUAAGGCCUCACAAUUACUUAAGGUAUUCAAUUUAGAAUUGGGUCAUACAAUUUUGACUGGGUAACAAUUUCUCAAGCUCUCCCAUUCAAUUCUAUUAGUUCACUAUGUUCCCAAAAUUUGAAGCUCUUUCAUUCAGUUGUGGUAUUCAAUAUUGAUUUGGCUUACGAUUUUGACUGGACCAACGAUUUUUCGAAUCAAGCAGCAACAACCAACAUAUAAAAACAUUUCAAUCCCACGCACUCUCCCACCAUCUAGAAAAAAAGUGUUGCCAUGUGAUAUUGUAGCAUCAAUAUAGUACAUGCAACCACCGACACAUAAAAAUCCCAUAUAAAUAUAGCUUGGUUAGCGGAUAACACAAAAUCACACCAUAAAAGGCCACCAAAUCACCGCAUUAUAAAUAAAAAUAAAACAGACUCUAUCAUCUCCCCCACCCGGCAAACUAAAUAUUCCAUUAGUUAUAAAAUAUAAGGGGUGUUAGUUUCUUAGAAAAUCAAUUUUCUUUAACUUUGACCAAGUUCAGAACAAAAAUAUCGACAUCCACAAUAUUAAACAAAAAUAAUAUGGAAAUUCAUUUUGUGAUGAAUCUAAACCGAUGUGAUAUUAUGGAUUUUAAUAUAUUUCUCUACAAAUUUAAUCAAACUUAAAAGGUUUGUCUUUUCAAAAAAAAUAACAAUACAUCUUAUACUUUGAAACAGAGAGAUUUUUUUUUAAGAAAACCAACAAGACGAACGGCACAGCAAAGCGCGCACAACUCUUCUAAUAUAUCUCAACUGCGAUUAUUACUGUAAUUAAUAAACCGGUUAAGGGCAUCUACAAUGCCAGGAGCUUACAUAGGCACUUAUGGAAAAAAAAUCUGAAACACACCUAAGCGCCUCAUCCCUCAACGCUAGACGCUAAUUAACUAAACAACGUAGACGCUAAGUGUUAGAAGGAAAAUGACCCGCCCGCUGCGUGGUUUGGCGUCGAUGCUAGGGUUGACACCAGGAUUACACUGGCAACCGCUAAUUAAGGAUGGCAAUUUUACCGGUGGGUACGGGUAUCCCCGGAUACCAUACCCGCAUGGGCCGGGUAUGGACACAAAUUUAUAUCCAUGGGUAGUAUCCAUACCUUCGUGGUAGGGCAUGGGUAUAACCUUGUACCCGUGGGUAUACCCAUUCCCUAUCCGUUUAGACUGACCCGUGGACCUGUGUAGCUACAUCAUGUGGACGGUGGACCUUACACAACUAGGCAAGUACUCAUCUCUUCCCCGUAAUUAAGCAUCACACCUCGUAAUCUCCUCUCCCAAAAUCAAGGAGAAUGAAAUCCAAGGAGCCGCCCCUCCCCAUUAAUCCUGCCAUAGCCAUACUCAUCGAGCGAAUCGACCCAUCGGCCAUCGUCCUGCAGGUGCCUCCGCGAGCAUGGAACCGGUGGCGUCGCCACCGGCCUCGAACUCCUGCCUCUAGAUCCUCCUCCAGCCCUCUCCAACUUUGGGUCGCGGCUUGCCGGCAGUGGGCACGGCGGUGUUGUGGUGGUGACGACUGACGAGCGCGCCGGCAAGAGGGCCAAGCCAUGGCUGGAAUCCCACCGCGAGAAUCAAUGGCUUCUCAAGAUGGAGACGAAAGCUCGGCUGCGGCUGGUGCAGGGAAUUUUACCUCAGCUGAUCCUUCGUCUCAACGUGCUACACCAAUAUCUUUAGCUACUCCGAUAUCUCAAGCUGCUACUCCAACAUCUCAAUCUGCUACUGUAACAUCUCAAGCUACAUCUAGCAGAGCUGGUUCUAAGAGGAAGCGAACAUCGGCAGUAUGGGAUGAGAUGGAAGAGAAAUUAGAAAAUGGGCAACUGAAAGCCGAGUGCAAUCAUCGUCACAGAAAAUUUACUGCAGGACCUAGAGCUGGCACAACUCACUUGCGUGUACAUUUGGAAUCUUGUCCUGCUAAGCAUGCACCCAUUGGUCCACAACAACAAAAACUGAGGUUGACCAAAGGUGAAGGUGGCAAAGUGAAUAUGGAAAAUGUCAUUUUUGACCAAGAGAAGGCUAGGAGAGAUCUUGCAUUGAUGAUAUGUGAACAUGAGUAUCCUCUAUCUAUUGUGGAUCAUAGUGGUUUUCGUAGAUUUUGUUCUUCUUUGCAGCCGAUGUUUAAGAUGGUGUGCAGAAAUACUAUUAGGAAUGAUAUUGUGGCUAUGCAUUCUGCUCAAAAGGAGAAGAUGGUGAAUUUUUUUGCAACAUUCAAGCACCGAGUGGCUGUCACUACAGAUUUGUGGACAGCGGGCUAUCAAAAGAGAGGUUACAUGGCUGUUACCGCGCACUAUAUAGAUGAUUCUUGGAACCUAAAGAGCUUUCUUAUGAGGUUUGCUUAUGUGCCCUGUCCACAUUCAGCUGAGGUUAUAUGUGAAGCCUUGUAUGAAUGUCUUGUUGAGUGGCACCUUGAGAGGAAGAUCUCCACCGUCACUUUGGACAACUGCACAUCAAAUGACAAGGCUAUGGGAAUAUUGCCAGAUAAGUUGGAUACAAGCUCUCUCAUGCUGGAUGGUCAAUUACUGCAUAUGCGUUGUGCUGCUCACAUAUUAAACUUAAUUGUAAAGGAUGGAAUGAGUGUCUUAGAGAAAGGUAUAGAGUGGUUGCGAGACAGUGUUGCAUUUUGGUCGGCCACACCUAAAAGGCAUGAGAAGUUUGAAAAGAUGGCAAAAACUUUAAACAUAGAGUAUAACAAAAGGUUAACUCUUGAUUGUAAGACUAGAUGGAAUUCAAGUUAUAUCAUGAUUAGCAUUGCAGUACGAUACAUAGAGAUAUUUGAAAAAUUAAAGGCACGUGAAAAGAAGUUUAAGUGUUGCCCAACCAAAGAUGAUUGGAAGUUUGCAAAAGAAAUAUGUGAUAGGCUGAAGCUCUUCUUUGAUAUCACCAAGUCAUUCUCGGGCACGAAGUAUGUCACAGCAAAUCUUUUUUUCCCUAAAGUGAUUACCAUUCGCUUAGCCAUAAGGAAAUGGGGUAAGAGUGACAUUGAGCUUAUACAAAAAAUGUCCGGGGAAAUGAAGGAUAAGUUUGAGAAGUAUUGGAAAGAUAUCCAUGGUCUUAUGUCUGUUGCAACAGUUCUUGAUCCAAGGUAUAAACUUCAUAUCCUCAAUGCUCUUUAUGGUCCCCUCUAUGGAAGAGAGCAUGCAGCCACAGGAAGGUGAAGAAGUUAUUGAUUCAAUUGGUGAAGUAAUAUAAAGAUGAAGUUGAAGGCGAGGAUGCAUGGGAUGCUUCUGUUGCCGAUCCACUUGGAGAAGAAGAGGAAGCCAUGAAACUCUAUGAUCAGUAUUUGUCUAGUCACCCCACUGUCCCUUCUUCUUCAAUCCAUACAGAAUUAGACUUGUAUUUGGAAGAAGCUUGUCUACCUAGAACACAAGAAUUGGAUAUCAUCAAUUGGUGGAAGGUUAGCGGCUCGAGGUUUCCUCCCUUGCAAAAACUUGCUCGUGAUAUAUUGCCUAUUCCCAUAACAUCAGUGGCUUCCGAAUGUGCGUUCAGCACUAGUGGCAGAGUACUCAGUGCACAUCGUAGUAGACUUACUCCUAAUGUGGCUGAAGCUCUCAUGUGCAUGCAAGCUUGGUCUUGUGCAGAUCUGUUAGGUGGUUGGAAUUCUACACUCUUUUCGACAUUUCAGAGUGUUCUCGAGGAUGAAGAAGAGGAGAUGGAUGAGUCUACUUCAAUCAUCACCCAAGAGUGAAGAUAUUGCCGCUGUUUGUGCUUGGUUGGAACUUGGAAGCUGAUGGCUACUAUUUGUGCUGGUUGGUGGCUCGUGUCUGCUAUCUGUUGUAGCUGCUCUUUGUGUUGGCUCAUCGGUGACUCGAAUGUUUUUAUUUAUUACUUGUCGGAUGUUAUUUGGUGAAGUGUGUCGUGAGUUUGUGAAGCUAUGUUAAAGUUCACCAAUUGUCAAUUUAAAUUGAGGUAAUUGUCAUGUACUCAUCUAUCUGUUAUUUAGUUGAGAUAAUUUUUUUGUCAAAUGUGCUAUCGAUAAAUGUAAAAUUCUGAAUAA